AUGGAAGCCGGCUUCACCCAUGGUGCAGAUAAGCACAGCUUUGCUCUUUUCGUGUCCCUGUCCGCCGCAUUCUUAUUUCCCGUCGCGACAGUUACGCUAAUAAUUUGGCAAUGUACGCCUGGAAAUCGUAAUGCCAUACGAAAAGGAGGAAGGCAAGCAAAAAAAGUGCUUAGGGAUGCUCCUGAAGAAAAUCAAGAAGAGGAUCAAAAUGAUCAAGAAAGAGAUGAGAAACAAAGUAUACCACCUGAACUGCCUCGAUCGCGGCCAAGCAAACAGAGACCAAUUCACGAGAAAGCAAAGCAGGAAGACGAGGAAAUCCCUUUAGAAGAGAGAGCCGAAGAACAGUUGAGAAACAGCGGUUCAUUUGAGAAGGAUGUCGCUGGAACUCAAAAGUCUUCUAUAAUAUCAAUACUCUCAAGGAGUGAUAAAAAACGAAGUUCUUCUGAGCCCCAAAAAUCAAAAGUACGGAUACAAACGGCCAGGCCUGUCUCAGUAAACCGGAGGUCGAGGGAAAUUGUCAUACAUAGCAGAAAAACACCGCCUGCAGUCAAAAAAGAGUCAAAAAAGGGGUCAAGUCGAUCUACAAGCUCCUCACAAAAGAAAAAGAAAACGACCAGAAUAAGCAAAGCGAAACAAAAAGCGAAUACAUCGGAUAGGGAGGAAGACUCCUGCAAAACUGCUAAGUCAGGAUUUUCACUGAGAUCCUUAAUUUUUCGCAGCAGUAGAAAGAAGAAAAAAGGGAGCAGAAAAGGAAGCGUUAGACAGGGCUCGGAAAGGAAGCAAAAGAAGAAAACCCAGUCCGAAAGGUUCUAUCCAAAGUUGAAAAACGCAUCAAGGUCAUCUAAGUGGGCAUCUUCGUCUUCAAGAAGUAAAGGUUUAACCGCUAUAAGAUUGGAGAGGCGUUUACGAAGGAUGGGAAAAGAUGCCGUGGAAGACAGUGAAAGGGAAAAAAGCGUCGAAGAAACCCAAGAUUCUAAAACAGUAGCAGCAGCCGAUGAGGAUUCUGAGAAGAAGAGAAGUGGAAGCGAAGGAAUGAAGUCACCACUAGAAAAUAUUCCCCUUCUGGAAGAAAAACAACCAGAACAUGGAAGCGUUUCUCCUCGAAAAGACGAACAGUUGGAUUACGAACCAGUUUCGCCAAAAGAAGAUCAAAAGAAAAUCAUAAACGAGGAGCAACCGGAAAAGAGAGACGUAUCAAAAAGCAAAGAGAAUUCCUUAUUACAUGGGUGGUGUUUGAAAGAAAAGGAGAAAUCAACGAAAAAGCAGACAAGUUCACGAAGCAGCAAUAGCGCAUCGGGAAUGGUCCAGAAAAAAGAGUUUUCUUCGAGGAAAUCGAGAAGCCUGAAAAGUAAAGAUCGCUCGAAGAAAUCGACACGAAGCGGAAGGAACGAACAUUCGCCAAAAGUUGCAAAUAUUUCAAAGGGGGAAGAAAACGAAGCAUUUGUUUCAGAGAAUAAAGAAAAAUCAGGAGAGAGGAAUAGUGCUUCCAAGAAAUCAAGCAGUGCAGAGAAGCGAAAUAAAGGUUCUAGAAAAAAGCGUCUAUCUAGAACUAGCAGCAAAUCCUCGACAAACAAAGACACAUUUUCAAAGAAGUCGAAAAAACUAAAGGAAAAGCGAGACAUUCAAGGAAAAUUGAAAGAAUCCAAGAGUAAAAAAUCCUCUUCCGAAAAGACAAAACAUUCAAGUAAAGGAAAAAAGUCAAUAAGCGAGCAGUCAUCAUUGAAAAGGAAGAAAAAGGUAGGAAGUAAGGAGGAUGAAUUGAAAAAGACAGAGAGCAUUAGAAGCGAUGUGGAAAAGAAAACAAAUCUAAAACGGAUUGAAGUGUCUAGAAGUGAGAAUUCGCUUUCGAAAAAGAAGAUGAAAUCAAAAAGUAGUGAAAGCUCCACGAAGUCAAGUAAAAACGGAAAUGACAACAUUGGGAAGAAGGCUGCGAAAACGAGGAAGUCUGGAGAGUCGAAAAAAGGGGAGUCUUCUCUAAAAAAGAAGAAAAAAUCGGAUAGUAAAAUAGAUCUGUUGAAGAAAAAAGAAAAGUCUGCGAGUGGAAAGAGCUCUAAAAGAGAUAAAUCACCAAAAAAGGAACAAGAAUCAGCGGGAAUUAGGAAAAAACCAAAAAGGGAGAGCGAUACGUCGGAUAAGACCGGUAAAUUCGCAAGCCAGAUCAAAUCGUCGGAUCGAUCGAAAAAAUCGAAGGAGAGUCAAAAGGACCCCAAACCGAAGAUGGAGGGAAGAACGAAAGACAACGAUCUGAAUAGAAGAGUAGAAAAGUCUGGAAAUAAGAAGGAUCGAUCAAGCGCUUCGAAGUCUUAUAGUGAAUCUUCAAGGAAUAAACGUCUGGACGUAAUUCCGAAGAAAAUAAAAUCAACAAGAGGUAGCGAGGAUGGAAAGAGUGGAAAGGAUAUCAAGAGUUCAUCGAAAAAAAGCAAAUCUCUUGAAUCGCCCAAAAAAUCAGAGAAAUCGCAAGAAAAAGAAGCUCCUUUGAAUUCUAAUGGUCGCAAAAAGAGCGAGGAUUCUUCGAGAAAGGAUAGAUUUCUCAAAAAAGUUCCCAAGAAAUCAGGAGCACUGAAGAGCAACGACGACUUACCAAGGGAGUCUACCGAUGCCGUAGCAAUUAAAAGUUCGUCGAAAAAAAGUACACCUCUGAUAGAGGUUCCGAAAAAAUCGACCAUAGCGAGAGGGUCAAAGGAUAGGAAAGAUUCUUCAGGAAGGAAUGGAUCUCAGAAAAAACCAAUCGUAUCCGGAGGUUCCAACGAAGGCGAAGAUUCUUCAGGAAAGAAAGGAUCCCUGAUGAGACCGGACUUAGUGAGAGGUUCAAAAGACGGCAGAGAUUCCUCAGAAAAGAGUGGAUCGCUCAGGAAACCGAAGACACUGGGAGGUUCUAAAGACGGCAAAGAUUUUUCAGAAAAAAAAGAAUCCCUGAAAAAGCUCCCUAUAUUGAAGGAUUCCAAAAACAACAAAGAUCCUUCAGGGAGGGACAGAACUCUGAAGAAAUCCGAAGGCAACAAGGGCUCUUCGAUGAAGUUCGUAAGUCGUAAAGGCUCUUCGGUGAAGUCUGGGAGUCUAAAGAAUGCCAGUGACUCUUCAAAAAAGAGCAGAUCUCUUAAGGGGAUCCCGAAGAAAUCAGAGGAUUUGGAACACUCUGAUGACGACCAAAAGUCGCUGCAAAGAGGUGGGCGAUUAAAAGUGACUUCCAAAAAAUCGCAGCUAACGAAAAACGAUCACGUUCCAUCAGCAAAAUCGGCAGAUUUCCAAAGAAGAGGAGAUUCCACAAACAAAACUACUGUUAUUAAAAUGACUCGUGAACAACUUUUCAAGAUGUCUUCCGUGAAGGAAAGGAACGAAUUUAAGAGUAAAGAAGAUUCAAUGAAGUACUCAAAAGGCCCGACGAAGGUAGAAGAAAAAAAUCUCUCAAAAAAGGAAAAGCCCCUGAGCAGCAUGAAAAAAGAGCCCGGAAAAAAUGUCUCUGCAAAGGAGUUGACGAAAUCAAAAGAUGAUUCUUCCAAGGGAAAGGAAAUGGUGAAAGGCUCUGGAAAUGACAAGACAAUAAAGAAAAAGGAGCACUCUGGUGAGAAACCUGCAGACCGUCCUACUUCACAAGUUUCACCGAAGAAAAAACAAGUAGAGCGUUCCAAGAAAGGAGGAGAGAAAGAAGAAACACCAAGUGCAAAGGUUCGAUCGCUCCUAAAACUCUUGGACGACUCCGAGAGAUUGCCGGCUGGGGAUGACCACAUUGAUCGCGUUGGAAGGCAGGAGGAAAAGAUAGGGAAGAAGCAUGCUCGAUAUCAAGGCGCACCUCAGAAAGGUCGCGAAUUAAAACCUGAAGAUGCACUAAAAAUAGUUCAAAUGAUGAGUCAGAAAGAGAGAGGAGGACCGUCCUACGAGCGAAGUCGCGAUCUCCAGGACAUGGGUGAACGAAAGUUUAUGGAAUUCAAAGAGGUUAAUGACGGUGCAAAAAGCAGUAAGGAAAAUAUUGUUGGAAAUAACGAUGACGACGGUUCUGUACUACUCGCAAGACCUGAAAAAUCUGCAAGGUUUCUUCCUGCGAAAAAACAAGUUCCGAUGUUACGUAGCGAAUACUACUCAUCCGAAGAUGGAAAUAAGGCUGACAAGCCUGGGAAAAUAAAGCGCGGUCAGAAUAUUAUGAAUGCAAUAGAAGAACCAGAAAACGGAAAGAACCGAAAAGACCCAAAUGCUGUGGAAGAUCGAGGAAAUGGUAAAGAAUAUGGGCUUCCUUUUAACGAGUCAAAGAAAAGCCUCAAAAAAUUUAAAAAUGCAAGAAAGGUGGACAGUUCGUCUUCCAAGAAGAAAAUGAAGUCCCGAAAAUCUUUAAAAGUACAGAAAGAGAAAGGAUCUAGAAAGGAAAACAGAAAUGAACCAGAUGGAUCUAGCAAAAAGAUAAAACGACGUGAUCUAGAAGGGGACUCAGCAAAAAUUAAGAAACCCCAAGCAGAGCAUUCGGAUUCUGUUAAAAAGCGGAAGAAACUGCGUGAUCCUGAAAAUAAGCAUGGUGGUCUCUCAAGAAAACAUCGAAGAAACUCUUAG